AUGUCCUUCUCCAUGGAUUUCCGCUCGUUGGGGCGAGACCUUGCCCUCGCGUCUCAGAGCGCGGUCGGAUCGUCCAAGGACUUUUUGGACCUAGUUAAAGCCAUAGGCGAGGCUAAGUCGAAGGCGGAGGAGGAUAGGAUUAUGGCGGGGGAGCUGGAGCUGCUUAAAAAGAAGAUAUCUGAGCCGGACGUGCCUAAGAAGCGGAUGAAAGAGUACAUCCUUCGUCUCAUGUACCUCGAGAUCCUCGGUCACGACGCGUCGUUCGGUUACAUCCACGCUGUAAAGAUGACACAUGACGACAACCUUUUGUUGAAACGCACGGGUUAUCUCGCGUGUACGCUUUUCCUGGACGACUCGCACGAUUUGAUCAUCUUGAUAGUCAACACAAUUCAGAAGGAUCUUAAAUCCGAUAAUUACCUCGUCGUGUGCGCGGCGUUAGGAGCCGUCUGCAAAUUAAUCAACGAGGAAACCAUUCCGGCGGUCUUGAACCCAAUAGUAGACCUCCUUAAACACCCCAAGGAGCUGGUCCGGAAAAAGGCGGUGAUGGCGCUGCAACGGUUCCACCAGCGAUCGCCGUCCAGCGUGUCGCACGUGACGGAAAAGUUUCGCCAGGCGCUGUGCGACAAGGACCCGAGCGUGAUGAGCGCGUCGCUGUGCGGGCUGCACGACCUGAUCGCGGCGGACCCCGCGCCGUACCGCAACCUGACUGCGUCGUUCCUCAGCAUCCUCAAGCAGGUCGCCGAGGGCCGCCUGCCCAAGUCGUUCGACUACCACCGCGUGCCCGCGCCCUUCAUCCAGAUAAAGCUGCUGAAGCUGCUGGCGCUGCUGGGCGCCAACAACCAGGCGGCCAGCGAGCCCAUGUACCCGGUCAUCGCUGACGUCAUCAGGCGCAUCAGCGAGUCGCAGCCCAAGGCGGGGACGACGGGGCGGCGGGACGACUCGCAGGUGACAGCUGGCAACGCGAUCCUGUACGAGGCGAUUCGCACGGUGGCAGCGAUUCACCCGAGCGAGCAGCUGCUGUCGUCAUGCGCCGCCAUCACCUCCUCCUUCCUCAAGAGCAGCGUGCACAACCUGCGGUACAUGGGCGUGGACUGCCUGGCUCAGAUAGUGCGCAUCAACCCAGACCUCGCCACGGAGCACCAGAUCGCCGUCAUCGACUGCCUCGAGGACCCCGAUGACUCGUUAAAGCGCAAAACACUCGAUCUCCUUUAUAAGAUGACGGGCCCCGGGAACGUGGAGGUGAUAGUGGAGCACGUGCUGCAGUACCUGCGCGGGCUGCGGUCGGGGGAUGAUGCGCAUGCGCACGGGCGCGCUGACCUGGCCGCGAGGAUCGUUGAGCUGGCGGAGAGAUUUGCGCCGUCCAAUGAGUGGUUCAUCCAGACGAUGAACAGUGUGUUUGAGGUGGCGGGGGACGUGGUGCGCCCCAAGGUGGCGCAUGAUCUCAUGCGCCUCAUCGCUGAGGGGUCGGGGGGCGAUAACGACGACGCCGACUCUCGCCUGCGCUCCUCCGCCGUGCAAUCGUAUGUGAAGCUGCUUAAGGAACCGAACCUGCCCACGCUGCUGCUCCAGGUCAUAUGCUGGGUGUUGGGGGAGUAUGCCACGUCAGACGGCCACAUGUCAGCGGAUGAAGUCAUGGCGAAGCUGUGUGACGUGGCAGAGGGCCAUGACACGGACGACACUGUGCGGGCAUACGUGCUAUCAGCCAUGGCGAAGGUGGUGGCGUAUGAGGCGGCGUGUGGGCGGCAGGCACGGCUGCCGGGGGAGGCGAGGGCGCUGGUGGAGGAGAUGGUGGCGGCGCACAGCACCGACGUGCAGCACCGCGCCUACCAGCUGCAGGCGCUGCUCGCCCUCCGCCCCGACACCCUCGCUGCCGUGCUGCCUGUCGAUGCUAGCUGUGAAGACAUUGAGAUCGACCCAGCGCUGCCGUUCCUGGAUGGGUACGUGGCUGACUCGCUGGCAGCCGGGGCGCGGCCCUACCUCUCCGAGUCAGACCGCCUCAACUUCUCCGUCGGUGCAGAUGCCACCUCCCUCGCCUCCUCCCUGCACGACUCCUCCGCUUCUGCUGCCGCGCGCCACUCAGACCGCACGCUGCGCUUUGAAGCAUACGAGCAGCCCAAGCUGCCCGCCGCGCCCCUCACUGCCUCGCAACGUGGCGGCGCCGGUGGCGGUGCCUUUUCCUCCUCUGCUGCCGCCUAUUCGUCCGCCAACCCGCCCCCUGCCCUCUCCGCUACUUUGUCUGGAGGGUUCCGGGAGUCGUCUGGUGGGGGCUAUGGGGGAGGGGAGGCGAGCAGCGGUGGUGGGGGAGGUGCAGCAGAUGGAGCGAGGCUGAACCUCUCAGGCGUGCAACGGAAGUGGGGCCGUCCUGCUGCCCCUCCUCCUUCUGCUGCUGCCUCCUCUGCCGCUCCAGCAGGACCUUCUGCUGACUCGUUCUCGAUCCGCGCUGACUCAGCUGCUUCAGCAGCAGGAGCAGGGGGUGCAGGAGCAGGUGCAGCCACAGGGAGAGGGGGGGAUCGGAGAGCGGGUGAGAGCAGUCAAGUGAGCGAGGAGAAGCAGAGGCUGGCAGCGAAACUGUUCGGGGGCAAGGGAGCAGCAGGUGGGGGUGCAGCUGCUUCAUCUGGUCUGGCAGGGACGAGGUCUGAGCCAAGAACGGUGGGGGCAGGAGGGCAGUGGGGAAAACGAGGGUCUGGAGCAGCAGCAGCAGAGGGCGCUGCAUUAGAUGGUGCUGCUUCCAGUGCUCCUGCACCCGCUCCUGCCCCUGCUGCCCCUGUGGCUGACCUGUUGCUGAUGGAUCUCAAUGAUGACCCGCCACCAGCGAACAUGGCAUCCAUGCUUGACAGCUCAGCAGCAGCUCCUGCCAGUACAGCUGGUACUGCUUCAUUGGACCCUUUCAAGGCUCUGGAGGAGCUGACAGUGAUGCCAGCGGGUGAACCGCUAUUGGCUGAGAUGAGCACGCGUGGCGGUUCGUCUGCCAGCAUGAGCGCAACAGCCACCGCUUCUCCUGCACCUGCACUCUCUGGUGCCGUUGGUGGUGCAAGUAACUCAGCAAACGGGGCAGCCAUUGGUGGGGCAGUGGGCAUUGGUGGGCGCACAGCAGUGGGUGCUGCAGCUGCGGCAGGUGCAACAGCCAAGGGCCGAGAUGCUGCUGCUCGCAGAGUUGGAGUGGUCACUCCAGAGUCGGGCGCCAACCCUGAACUGUUCAAGGACCUCUUUUGA